AUGGGCUACCCUGGGAAGGUUGACGUGAGUGUCACGUACAAAGUGCGCGGAGGUGAGUUGCACUUCUGCUACAGCGGCGUUACAGACAAACCAACUCUUCUGAGCAUGACGAACCAUGCCUACUGGAACUUGAAGGGUCACCAAGCCGGUGACGUGCUGGAUCAUGUUCUGAUGGUUUCAGCCUCGCGAACAACAGCAACGGAUGAAAGCCUUGCCAUCACAGGUGAGCUGCCGGAAGUUGCUGGUACCCACCUGGACUUGCGAGAGCCGCGGCUGCUUCAGGAGGCCGUGAAUGCGGGUGGUCCAAUUGAUCGAAACUACUGCUUGGACCGAACAGGUGGUGGUGACUUCUUGGCUGCGCGUCUGGUCGGCCCCAACAAGGUUACUAUGGAGGUGUGGACGGACCAGCCUGGCUUGCAGGUCUUCACGGGCAGCAACAUCGGCACAACAGGUCCUGGCACUUGGUGGCAGGGGAAAGGAGCUGAAUGGAAGCAGUUUGGAGCCGUUUGCCUCGAGCCGCAGCUGUGGCCUGAUGGGGUACAUCAUAGCCAUUUUCAAAGUCCCGUCCUACGACCCGGGGAGACGUACAGCCACCAUUCCUGGCAUGUUUUUAAGGUCGAAGACUAG